UGAGCUUGUCAGGAAAUGCCUCCUGCCACAAAGGUGCCUGUGGGCCUGAGGCACUGCAGGACGACUAUAAAAGGCAGCCCAGGUCUGUGCUCCUCAUCCCCUUCUCUGGCCUCCUUCUCCUGGGAAUCAGGUGCCUUGGCUUGCCCAGGCUUGGCUGCAGAGCUGCUGCUGGCGUGUCCCAUCAUCUGCUUGCCCCUGCCCUGUGUCCAGGUGAAGCUCCAGCAUCCAGACAUGUCCUGCUGCAACCCGUGCAUGCCCUGCCAGCCCUGCGGCCCGACCCCCCUGGCCAGCAGCUGCAAUGAGUGCUGUGUCAGGCAGUGCCAGAGCUCCACCAUUGCCAUCCAGCCCUCUGCUGUGGUGGUGACCCUGCCCGGCCCCAUCCUCAGCUCCUUCCCUCAGAACACCGUUGUGGGCUCCUCCACCUCCGCUGCCGUUGGCAGCAUCCUCAGCUGUGAGGGAGUGCCCAUCAACUCUGGGGGCUUCGACCUCUCCUGCAUCACCAACCGCUCCUGCGGCACCAGGUGCAGACCCUGCUAAAGCUGCGUCCUCAGGCAGGAACCUCCAAGAGCUCACAACAUGGAUCUGGACAGGAGAUAGAGCUUCACGGAGCUCUUUCCUCGUCCCACUCUCCUCUCUGUUCCUUUCUCAUCUCCACCUCCCACACCAGCCCAGUGGGGACCUCUCGGCCUCCCUCCCUGCGUGUGAGGGGCAGGCAGACGGACACCCUGCAGGAGCUGCACCGCAUCUUGGUGCCUGCCCCUGGUGCUCCCUGUGAGCCACCUCCUUUUCUUCUUUACCCUCAUUAAAGUUGUGCUGCAUCCAA